AUGCGCCUCCGACAGCAGCCUCGGCCCCCCAGGCGGAGCCUCACCCGCAAUCCCGAGUCCGGGUCCCCCAAGGGAGGCCAAUGGACCUCUCGCGGCCUCGACCCCGCUGCCAGGUGCUCGGCCCCCCUUGGGCACCCCGUCCCUCGCGCCGAGAGGUUGGAACAGCAGCCUACAGGAACAACGGAACAGAAAACAGCGACCAUGGAGAGUGAACUGGCCGCGAUUACGGUGUCAGCUAGGAUAUAUCCUUUCUGGAAAGAUAUGCCUAAGCAAUGGUUCAACCAGUUCGAGGCGAUCGUGGGUCCCCAGAAGAUGUCCAAAGAGGCAAAGUUCGACCUGGUAGUGGGCAAAUUAGGCCGAGAAGAACUGACCACGGUAGGAGACAUAUUAGAGAAUACGGAAAGGAAUUACGACACCCUGAAAGCUAGGCUCAUCAAGGCGUUUCAGGAAAGCGCCGACCGGCAGUUUAAUAAACUAGUGAAAGAAAUGGACUUAGGGGAACAGAAGCCGUCGCAGCUUUACAGAAGAAUGGCUGAAGCGGCCAGGGACGCUAACGUCGCAGAAGAGACUGUCCGGAGGUUAUGGUUGCAGAGACUCCCGACAGCAUCGAGGGCGCUCCUCGCAAUGGUACCAGAGAGCGCAAAGUUGGAGGAUCUGGCAGCGAUGGCCGACAAGGAGUCCAUGGGCUCGGGGGUGAUAGCAGCUGUAGCAACCCCGGAGAGCCAGUUGACCACGACGAUAAAUGCUGACCUGAUAAGUGGGUUCCGAGAUAUGGCUUUGGAAAUAAGGCAACUUAGGACUGAAGUGAACGAACUCAGGUCAAGGCCUCCGACAAGAGAUUUCCGUCGGAACAGGAACCGGUCGCGUUCAAGGUCGCGCGGCACGAACAGGAAUCCGAAUUGGUUGUGUAGAUACCACUUCAAGUUCCGGGAAAAUGCACGGAGCUGUACCCAACCGUGUGCCUGGGGCAGGCAGCAGCCGUCGGCAGGCGUAGCGCCGCCGACAGCAUAUACCUGGCAGCAGCAGUCGGCAGGCGCGGAGCCGCCGACCGCGUUCAACUGGCAGCCACCGCAGGGAAACUAG